AUGUCGAGCCCAAAGACUCUCAAUCUCGUCCGCUCGGUAUGGAAAUCUUUCCUUGAAUCCAGCGGUCUUGAACCUCGCCUCCUACACAACCUCACGAUCACGGCUGCCACUCCCGGUCGCGUAAAGCUCUCACUCCCGAUAGAGAAGCAUCACACGAACCGACUCAGCAUCCUACACGGUGGCACGAUCGCGUCCAUGGUGGAUCUGGGUGGAUCACUUGCCGUCGCGUCGCGCGGAUUAUAUUCCACUGGUGUUUCGACGGAUCUUAAUGUUACCUAUCUGUCGUCUGGCGGGGUGAUCGGCGAUGUCAUCAGUGCUGAGGUGCAGUGCGAUAAGUUUGGAAAGACCCUAGCGUAUACCAGUAUUGUCUUUAAAAAUGAAAAGGGCGAUACUUUCGCACGUGGAAGCCAUACGAAGUACGUUAUGCAGGCUUGGAAGGACGAGAAGAAUAUCGUGGAAGAGAUUAAAGAGGAGGCAAAGGCGUUGGAGGGGAAAAGUGAAGCUCAGGUUUAG